UCGGUGAAGGAGGGAGCUCAGAGGAGACAGAGAAAGAGACAGAGAGAGAGAGAGAGACAGCAGAGACAGAGAGAGAGAGAGACAGAGAGAUGGGGCGAGGCGCGCAAGAAGCUCUUAGUAUGCGCUGCGAUGCCCGACUGCAGCCCACGCAUCUCCGCUAUGGCGAAUUAUGGUGAAAUAUGAGAGACAUGGGAAGAGACGGCAGCUCCAAAACAGUCGGUCGUGAUGAGAUGACACAUCCUGCUGGACAGAUUGGUUCAAAUGAGGGAAGAAGAAGGAGCGCUAUGAAGGACUGGACUCACGACCCCACGGCACCUUUUUAAGAGGAGACAAAACUGGAUAAAAAUACAUGCGUCUGCGCACCAAGAGGGUGAAUUCUCCUGCAUGCCAUUAUCUGAAAUAUAUAGUCCGACAUAUAUGCUGCUUUGUUUAGUGCAUGGAGUCUAUUGUGGCUGUCCAUGAUCCACACACACAGGAGGUGGCUGCAAAUGAGCAUGUCUGGCUGGCACCUGCCACUCCACAAACUAACUCACUCGCGCUUUUUGCCAAUCAACUGUAACACUUAAUGUCAUUUUAAUGUUUGAACAUCCCAGUGCAUGAACCUGCUGGCUGCUUUGGUCUCCGAUUUGAUUAGUAUUUCACCUGUAAGACUAUAACGCCCUCAGAGGACUGCGUUAUUCCAUGGAAUGGCUUGUGAACAUAAUAAGCCUCCAUGUGUCACUAAUGUGCAUCAUUGGUGAAUUCAUAUGGAUAUUCCCCAUCAGGAAAAAAGAGUUAAAGGGCUAGAUGCAAAAAAAAAAAAACAACAACCUUCUGUUUGGAGAUCAAACAGGUGAUUUUGCUUUAUGAAAUCUGCUGAAGUAUGUGGGUGCCACCGAUUCUAGAAAUACUGACAGCAACGCCUCACGCAACCUCCCUUCACCCAAUAAUAAGUCUCUGCAGAUAUCAGAGGAUUACCUUCUGCUGUUGUUGCAGGCGGCGAGGCGUCAUAUUUGGCUGAUGCCAAGCAUUUAAAGAUUUGCUCACUUUAUUCCCACCACCACAACAUCAUCCCCCCACCCAUCCCACCAGCUUCAACCUGUAGCCAUAGCUGCAUCACAGCAUGUGUCUGCUGGUCACUGAGGCGAGGGACGUAACUCCUGCAUCCUCAUGCCAAUUGUUCCCCUCUUCCACUCCCGCGUCGCUGCAGAGUUUGGCUGGCAGAGAGGAGCUGCUUCGGGCUGACUUUUGACCGGACACUUCUGCUUCUGGGCCCCGUUACGCACUACAAACCAGAGGACACACUGUAAACAAGCCUUACAAGCGCCAGUGCACAUAUAGCUCUUCGCAGGCAGAUCGGCCUGUACCUGAACCCACAAGCGUGUGGAGCCUUUAUCUCCUUGCGGCCCGACGUGGCCCCACCCCGUCUGAAACCUGCAGGUCCCAUCCUCCUCCAGCAUGACGGUUGCUACGAGCGACCCUGCGGACGAAGCCGCAGCACAUCCGGGUCAGCCUCACGACCAGUAUGACCCGGAGCUGGAUCACGAGUGCUGCGAGAGGGUCGUCAUCAACAUCUCGGGCUUGCGCUUUGAGACGCAGCUCAAGACCCUCUCCCAGUUUCCAGAGACGCUGCUGGGGGACCCCAAGAAGAGGAUGAGGUAUUUUGAUCCUCUCCGGAACGAGUACUUUUUUGACCGGAAUCGGCCGAGUUUUGACGCUAUUCUGUAUUACUACCAAUCGGGAGGGAGGCUGCGUCGGCCUGUUAACGUGACGCUGGACAUUUUUUCUGAGGAGAUCCGGUUUUAUGAAUUGGGUGAGGAAGCUAUGGAGAUCUUCAGGGAGGAUGAAGGUUUCAUAAAGGAAGAGGAGCGGCCUUUGCCGGAGAAUGAGUUUCAGAGACAAGUGUGGCUGCUGUUUGAAUAUCCAGAGAGCUCAGGUCCUGCACGCAUCAUCGCCAUCAUCUCUGUCAUGGUGAUUCUUAUCUCUAUUGUCAGCUUCUGCCUGGAGACAUUGCCAGUUUUCCGAAACGAUGAUGAGGAGAUGUACAAUUAUCCAUUCCCGGCCAUGUCCAACGCCACGUAUACCUAUGACAGCUCGGCCUAUUUUAAAGACCCUUUCUUCAUUGUGGAGACCCUCUGUAUCAUCUGGUUCUCCUUUGAGUUUCUAGUCAGAUUCUUUGCCUGUCCCAGUAAAGCUGGAUUUUUUGGCAACAUCAUGAACAUCAUUGAUAUUGUGGCGAUCAUCCCCUACUUCAUCACUCUGGGUACAGAGCUGGCAGAGAGGCCAGAGGACGGCCAGGCAGGCCAGCAGGCUAUGUCUCUGGCUAUUCUCCGAGUCAUCCGUCUAGUCAGGGUGUUUCGUAUCUUUAAACUCUCGCGUCACUCCAAGGGGCUCCAGAUCUUGGGCCAGACUCUGAAGGCCAGUAUGCGUGAGCUGGGCCUCCUCAUCUUCUUCCUGUUCAUCGGCGUGAUCCUCUUCUCCAGCGCCGUCUACUUCGCGGAAGCAGACGAGCCACAUUCCCAGUUCAGCAGUAUCCCUGAGGCCUUUUGGUGGGCCGUGGUUUCCAUGACCACCGUGGGCUACGGAGACAUGGUCCCGACAACCAUUGGAGGAAAGAUUGUGGGGUCUCUCUGCGCCAUCGCCGGCGUGCUGACUAUUGCCCUGCCCGUACCCGUCAUCGUGUCAAACUUCAACUACUUCUACCACAGAGAGACGGAGGGCGAGGAGCAGGCACAGUAUCUGAAUAUCACGAGUGUGCCUAAAGUCAGCUCGGCUGACGAUCUUAAGAAGAACGGUCGGAGCGGCAGUGGGUCCACUCUCAGUAAAUCUGACUAUGUGGAGAUCCAGGAGGCUGUGAAUCACAGCACGGAGGACUUCAGACCAGAGGGCAUGAAAACAGGAAACUGCACCCUGUCCAACACUAAUUAUGUCAACAUCACUAAGAUGCGUACAGAUGUAUAACGUGAGCUACUGUAGAUGGUUAACUUCAGCUGGGGUCUGUAACGGGAUGAUGAAGGUGUGACUCCAUGUAUUGACCAACAUAUGGCGCCCAGAAUGGGAGUCCAGAGCAGAGUGGGUUGGAGAAAGGGUCAGUCGAGAGGACCUCAUGUUCUCCCACAUCCUAUGGACCUAUCGGCGCAUAUCAUAGAAUUGCCACCCGUCUUAUUUAGGACAUUGUCAGUGUCUGCAUGGAGUUAGUCUUACCUAUGUGACAGUAGUCAUCCUGUUCGCAACAGUAGCCAAAUAGUAGCCUAACCAGUAAUAACCAAUAUUAACAACGUAAAGGGACCACUAGUUUCUACCUUCUUGCUCAAACUGCCGCUGGGAGAAGAUGCACGACAGCAACAAUUUAGAUCAGCGUAACAUUUAUUUUUAAAUGUAACUUAACUUGUGAUCAAAAACAGGCCAUUUUAUCAGCAAUUCAUGAGCAACUUUAAUCUGCUGCUCUAACUGCCAAGGUCCUGACUCAGAGAAAAACAAAAUCACCAAGAUCGCAGCUGUUCUGUCAGGGGAAAACUGAAGUGCACAAUAAAGAGCGAGAGCGCGAGAGAGAGAGCGAUACUAAUACGCUUUUGGCCAAAUGGUCAUUUGUUGCUUUCUCUGUCAGAGAAGCCUGAGUGCACUAGCAUUCCUCCCUGGGCCCUACCUAGAUAUUGUUUAGUAGGAGCUAGUGGCUUCUGUAGAGACCAACAGAUGCUGUAAUUCUGGACCACAAUAGCACACCUUCUUUUUCCUGCCAUUUUUCUUCGAUGAAGCUGAAGUGGAUUUACAGUAUGUACACUCUCGCCAAGACUCUGCCUUUUUUGUUUGCAGCCAAUGGAAGCUAGCGGGUGGACAGAAGAAAUGUCUCACCAAACAGAGUGAAUGUUUAUUUAUUGAUGUGUGUUCGUUUGAUUUGUUGUAAUGUAUGCUUUUUUAGUAAUAUGAUGAAUGUGUGCUUCUCACCUACAUUUUGGUUGGUUAAGAUGUAGAAAGAUAGUGAAUAUUUUCUCUGCAGCGUUCUGAGUGAGUGCCUAUAUCUCCAUCCUCUUACCUUUAAGUGUCUCUUUAGCCGCCACCCUGGUCCGCCGUAAUAGACGUACAGUGAGGAGUGAUCAGUUUGACACCACUGCCCAGCAUGAAUGUUGCUGUUCUUGACUUCAUAGCAUUCCAUCUUUGUAGAAAUAGAUCAAAUGAGAUUAAGGAGGAAACUAGGGUAAGGUUUUAGUUUGUUGUUUUUGUCAGAAGCAUAGACUGUAUAUAAAGUUGGACGACGUGACAGCUCCCCAAAAAUGAAGCCAAAACAUCUCGAUUGCCCUUUAGUGGCUGGCUGCAGUAUAUGUCAUA